CAAAGAUGGAAGCGACCAUGUAAUACCCGGUGAAGCGUUUUAAUUCAGAGUCAAGGGUAACUGAGAGAACCUGAAGUUCAGGAUGAGCCGCUCUACGAGUCUCCUGCAGCAGAUGACCAUAUUCGUCACGGUGGUUACCGGUGGAGGAUGUGGCAUGAUGUACUACCUCAUGCAGAAAAACUUCGCCAAAUCAGAAUAUUAUCGUCUGGCCAUUGAGCAGCUGAACGAUCACUCCACGGCGAUGGCCAGCCUGGGAGCUCCACCGCUGAAGAUCCACAACAUCCACCUGACUGACAGACACAACCGUGUGGAUCACAGCGCUGCUCAGCUGAAAAUCCCGGUGACUGGAAUGAAGACCGGAGGCUACCUGUACUCAACCUCCACUAGAGACGCCGUUAUGAACAGGUGGCAGCUUCAGCGAGUGGAUUUACAGCUGAAAUCCGGAGAGACCAUCAGUAUUUUUUCCAGAACAGACUGCGAGUAGCUUUACACACAAUUCCAUGUAUCGACUGGAAUCAACCAUGUUCUGUCAUGAUAAGUGCUGUUGAUUUGCUGUCAGCAUCGUGGUAGUUUUACCGGAAGUUCCAUUGAAGUUUCCAUUGAAAAAACACGACUGUAAUGAGCGGAGCUCUGUCUUUUUUCAUAUGUUGACCAUGUUCCAUGAAUACUGUCUUUUUAAUAAUAAAUGUGCACCAUAAUAGUCAAACAGAUGAGAUGUGAUGACAACACCCCCCUAAUUAGUCAGUUAACAAUUGUAUUCAAUCAAUUUAAUCAACAAAAUGCUUCUAAAUUGGGCCAUAAACACACUGUGAAGUGAAAAACCAUUUCCAUUAGGAUUAAUAAAGUAUCU